AUGUUGUUGUUGUUGUUGUUGUUGUUGCUGGUGCCAUUGAUAUUGCUGUUGUUGCUGUUGUUGUCAUUUUCUCAACUUUGGAAAUCACCGCCCACAACGAAAUCUGAAGCCAUCCUCUACUUCUUACGAAAGUACAAUUCUACAAAAAGAAAACUCAUGAACGCUAAACACGACAUCAGUAACUACAUCAACAACUGCAUCAACAACAUCAACUACAUCAACAACAUCAACUACAUCAGCAACAAUAGCCCCAACACCAGCAAGAACAUUAACAGAACCUGCCUCUCACAGUAUUUUAUUAUGGACCGUCUCAAAAAUCAAAACCCAUUACGACUCCCACGUGGCAAGCAGCUCCAUUCGGCUAACUCUCAUUACCAUUCUAAUUUCUUCUUUGAAAAACUUAAAUUUUUGAAAAAGUAA